CUUUCCGUGUAAUGGUAGGUCUUCUCGGGCUCGGCCGGCCCUCCUGUCGGUGUGUGUGUAUGUGUGUGUCAGAGAGUGUGUGUGUGUGAAGAAGAAGGGGGGGUAGAGAUCGGAUGUGCCUCCGUGCGUCCUGAUUAAAGCCCCGAAUCCCGUCAGCUCCAACUUUAGGCUGGGCGAAAAGUUUGCGGGGACGCACGCGCGCGCACGCACGCACACGCACACACACGCGUGGAAAGCGUCUUGGAAGUCGGGAGGUUUUUUGGAAAAGAGCGCGAGCCGGCAUUGAGGAGAACCACAGCUGAAAAAGCCUGCUCCUGUAUGGCUCUGUAGAGCUCUAGAGCUUUCUGGAGGGAUUGUGUGUGUGUGUGAGUGUGUGUGUGUGUGUGUGCGUGGUGGUGGUGGUGGUGGUGCGUGUGUGUGUGUGCGUGUGUGUGUGUGUGUGUGCGCGCGCGCGCGUGGUGUGUGUUUUUAGUUGGAAACGGUUUUUGCGAAGCCGAACACUUUCCCGAGGUUCGUCCGGCAUCUCGCUUCUCCGUCCACCAUGGAGACCCAGCGGUGGUCCACCAGGUGGAGGACGAAAAGGUGGCUUCUGGACAUCACGACCAAACCUCUCCUCAUCGUCAUCGCCUCGUCCUUCAUCCUCGCGCUCCAGGCUCCACAUGUCCGAGCAGUUGAAACUGUGGAUGUGCUGAAAGUGUUAGAGUUCCCCAAUACCCCCGAAGGAGUGGAGAAGGGUUCGGGAUUCUGUGUGAACCGGAAAUCGUCCCAGCCUGACACGGCCUACAGAGUGGGAAAGGGGGCUCAGAUCAGCGCUCCCACCAGUCAGCUCUUCCCAGCUGGAGUGUUCCCUGAAGACUUCUCCAUCUUGACCACCCUCAAACCCAAAGCUGGUCUCCAGUCCUUCCUGCUGUCCAUCUACAAUGAGCGAGGUGUCCAGCAGCUCGGUGUGGAGGUCGGACGUUCUCCUGUCUUCCUUUACGAGGACCAGACGGGCAAACCUGCACCCGAGGACUACCCUCUGUUCCGCACUCUCAACCUGGCUGACGGAAAGUGGCAUCGCGUGGCCAUCAGCGUGGAAAAGAAGACUGUGACCAUCAUUGUGGACUGCAAGAAGAAGAUUACUAAGCCCUUGAAAAGAAGCGACCACGCCAACCUCGACACCAAAGGCAUCACUGUGUUUGGUGGUAGGCUUCUGGAUGAGGAGGUCUUCGAGGGUGAUAUCCAGCAGCUGCUGAUCGUUGCUGACCCUAAAGCGGCGCAUGAUUACUGUGAACACUACAUGCCCGACUGUGACACGCCUCAUAAGGACACGCUGCAGGCUCAGGAACCGGAAGAAGAGUACGCAACUGCAGUAGAUUAUGGAGAGUCGUAUGAUUACUAUGAUGCAGCGAUUCCCACCGACACACCAAAUGAAUUUUCAGAGUCUCAGCUAAACAACUUAGACGGCGAGUUCUAUACUGAAACUGAGCUUGACUACGGGACUGUAGAUGCUUCUCAGACUCAGUCUCCUGAUGCCACUCCUGGACCCAAUGAGGCUGUGGAAGAGGGGAUUGUGGGUAAUUCAGUCACCGAGCUGCCCCCUGCUGCGGUGGACCCCACAAUCGCCCCCGAGCACAACGAGCCCAGCGCCACAGCAGGAGCGGACGCGUACGACUUUAAGGAGUACGACCUUAAGGAGUACGACGUGGGCGAGCUUGACAAAUCUCACUAUGACUUUGGUGCAUAUGAUGAGUUCGGCAACGUGGGCCCAAACCCCGUACCCAAUUACGAGGACGAGUUUGGGCCUGCUGUGCCUGCUGAAACCGGCACAGAAGAAACAGAAAUCAAAUCGGACGUUCCAGGCGGUACUGCAUUUCUGGGACAGAAAGGAGAGAAAGGAGAACCAGCAGUCAUUGAGCCGGGAAUGCUGGUAGAAGGCCCUCCAGGUCCAGCUGGUCCUGUUGGUCUUCCAGGACCCCCUGGUCUACAAGGCCCCCCUGGACCAUCCGGAGAUCCUGGUGACAGGGGUCCUGCAGGUCGACCCGGACUUCCCGGAGCGGACGGGGUGCCAGGUCCUCCCGGUACCAUGCUGAUGCUGCCGUUCCGUUUCGGUGGUGAUGGUGAGAAAGGUCCAGUGGUCUCGGCUCAGGAGGCUCAGGCUCAGGCCAUUCUGUCCCAGGCCAGGCUGGCUAUGCGAGGUCCUCCUGGUCCGAUGGGUCUAACGGGACGCAGUGGUCCUGUGGGUCUUCCUGGUGCUCCGGGUCUGAAGGGUGAGGCUGGUGAUCAGGGUCCUCAGGGUCCCAGGGGGAUGCAGGGACCAUCAGGACCAAUAGGACAACCAGGAAAGAGGGGUCGUUCCGGAGCUGAUGGAGCUCGUGGAAUGCCUGGAGAACCUGGAGCAAAGGGUGACAGAGGGUUUGAUGGCCUUCCAGGUCUCCCAGGAGAGAAAGGACACAGGGGAGAUCUUGGUCCCCCCGGACCCCCUGGUGCUCCUGGAGAGGACGGACCCAGAGGAGAGGACGGAGAGAUCGGACCACGAGGGUUGGCUGGAGAGAGCGGUCCACGAGGUCUGCUCGGUCCCCGAGGUCCUCCAGGUCCUCCCGGCCAGCCUGGUGUAGCUGGUGUGGACGGACCUCAAGGUCCCAAAGGAAACAUGGGACCUCAAGGAGAACCGGGUCCACCUGGACAGCAGGGCAUCCCAGGAACACAGGGGCUGCCUGGACCCCAAGGGCCAAUCGGACCACCUGGAGAAAAAGGUCCUCAGGGUCGUCCUGGCCUGCCUGGUUUACCCGGUUCUGAUGGACCUCCUGGUCAUCCUGGAAAAGAGGGACCUGCAGGAGAGAAAGGAGCUCUGGGUCAGCCUGGUCCUCAGGGGCCGAUCGGAUACCCAGGACCUCGUGGUGUUAAGGGAGCCGACGGAGUCCGAGGACUUAAAGGUGGCAAAGGAGAGAAGGGUGAAGAUGGAUUCCCAGGAUUUAAAGGAGACAUGGGUCUCAAAGGAGACAGAGGUGAGGUCGGUUUGGUUGGAUCCAGAGGUGAAGACGGUCCUGAGGGUCCUAAAGGUCGUGCUGGUCCUCCUGGUGAAUCUGGACCCAUGGGUCUCUCUGGAGAAAAGGGUAAACUCGGAGUUCCCGGAUUGCCUGGAUAUCCAGGACGACAGGGACCGAAGGGCUCGACCGGAUUCCCGGGAUUCCCAGGAACCAAUGGAGAGAAAGGAGCCAGGGGUGUUGCAGGGAAACCCGGUCCAAGGGGACAGCGAGGUCCAACGGGUCCGCGGGGCGCUCGGGGUGCCAGAGGUCCGACUGGAAAGCCAGGUCCUAAGGGUACAGCGGGUAACGAUGGUCCACCAGGCCCGCCUGGAGAGAGAGGACCUCAAGGACCUCAGGGCCCCGUCGGUUUCCCAGGACCGAAGGGUCCCCCUGGACCACCUGGAAAGGACGGGUUGCCCGGACACCCUGGCCAGCGGGGUGAGACGGGUUUCCAAGGUAAAACAGGUCCCCCUGGUCCCGGAGGAGUCGUCGGCCCUCAGGGUCCAACUGGAGAGACCGGUCCAGUCGGAGAGAGAGGACACCCCGGACCCCCUGGACCUCCUGGAGAGCAGGGUCUUCCAGGUGCAGGAGGGAAGGAAGGUUCAAAGGGAGAUCCGGGUCCUCCAGGUCCUUCUGGGAAAGACGGACCACCUGGACUGAGAGGGUUCCCUGGAGAGCGAGGACUUCCUGGAGCAUCGGGUGCAGCUGGACUGAAAGGAGCUGAAGGUCCUCAGGGUCCUCCUGGUCCUGUUGGCUCUCCUGGUGAGCGAGGAGCUGCCGGUUCUGCAGGUCCAAUUGGUUUACCUGGCCGUGGUGGACCUCAGGGACCCCCGGGACCUGCUGGAGAGAAAGGUGCUCCUGGCGAGAAAGGACCACCGGGUCCCGCCGGCCGUGAUGGAGUCCAAGGUCCAGUCGGUCUGCCAGGCCCACCCGGUCCCCAGGGACCACCCGGAGAGGACGGUGAUAAGGGUGAAGUAGGAGAACCAGGACAGAAAGGAAGUAAAGCUGAUAAAGGAGAACAGGGUCCUCCAGGUCCAGCAGGUCUGCAGGGUCCAGUUGGAGCACCAGGACCAGCGGGAGCAGACGGAGAGCCCGGUCCGCGGGGACAGCAGGGAAUGUUCGGACAGAAAGGAGACGAAGGAUCGAGAGGUUUCCCUGGAGCACCCGGCCCCAUCGGCCUGCAGGGUCUUCCUGGACCUCCAGGUGAAAAAGGCGAGAACGGAGAUGUCGGUCCUAUGGGUCCACCUGGUCCACCAGGUCCAAGAGGUCCUCAGGGUCCACCUGGUGCUGAUGGUGCACAAGGCCCACCCGGUGGUAUUGGAGGCAUGGGAGCAGUGGGAGAGAAGGGAGAACAAGGCGAAGCUGGAAAUCCUGGACCUCCUGGAGAGCCUGGAACAGGAGGCCCCAAGGGUGAGAGAGGAGAGAAGGGUGAAGCAGGACCACCUGGUGCUGCAGGACCUGCUGGACCUAAAGGACCUCCUGGAGAUGAUGGCCCUAAGGGAAAUCCUGGUCCUGUUGGCUUCCCUGGAGACCCUGGACCUCCUGGUGAGCCUGGUGUUGCUGGAACUGAUGGUAUCCCAGGAGACAAGGGAGAAGAUGGUGAAUCUGGUCAGCCUGGUCCUCCAGGUCCAUCCGGAGAAGCUGGACCACCUGGACCUCCUGGCAAAAGAGGACCCCCGGGAGCGCCGGGAGCCGAGGGCAGGCAGGGCGAGAAGGGAGCCAAGGGUGAAGCAGGAGCUGAGGGUCCACCCGGUAAAACUGGCCCCGUCGGACCCCAAGGGCCUCCUGGAAAGCCUGGUCCUGAGGGUCUGAGAGGAAUCCCUGGUCCUGUGGGUGAACAAGGACUUCCUGGUGCCCCUGGACAAGACGGCCCACCUGGACCGAUGGGACCUCCUGGACUGCCUGGCCUGAAAGGUGACCCCGGGUCCAAGGGUGAGAAGGGUCACCCUGGUCUGAUCGGGCUGAUCGGUCCUCCUGGAGAACAGGGAGAGAAGGGAGACCGUGGAUUACCUGGACCUCAGGGCACACCUGGUUCUAAGGGUGAUUCUGGUAUCUCUGGUGCUGCUGGACCCAUCGGUCCUCCUGGUCCUCCUGGACUUCCUGGUCCUCAAGGUCCGAAGGGAUCAAAGGGUGCAACCGGUCCUGCUGGUCAAAAGGGAGACACCGGAGUGGUCGGACCUCCCGGUCCUCCUGGUCCCCCGGGUGAGAUCAUCCAGCCGCUACCCAUCCGCUCCCCUAAGAAGUCACGGCGCGCCAGCGAGAUGCAGGCUGACGAGGCGGGGCUGGACUACGGCGAGGGCAUGGAGGACAUCUUCAGCUCCCUGAAUAAUCUCAAACAGGACAUUGAGAGGUUGAAGUACCCCAUGGGCACCCAGAACAACCCAGCCAGGACCUGCAAAGACCUGCAGCUGUCUCACCCCGAGUUCCCUGAUGGUGAAUACUUCAUCGAUCCUAAUCAGGGAUGCUCCGCAGAUUCCUUCAAAGUCUACUGCAACUUCACAGCAGGAGGCGAGACCUGCAUCAACCCUGAGAAGAAGUCCAGCGGAGUCCACAUGUCCUCCUGGCCCAAAGAGACGCCCGGCUCAUGGUACAGUUCAUUCAAGCACGGCCAUCUCCUGUCGUACGUGGACGCCGAGGGCAACUCAAUAAACUCAGUGCAGAUGACGUUCCUCAGACUACUGACGGCCUCGGUGAGGCAAAACUUCACCUACAUCUGCCACCAGUCCGUGGGCUGGCACGACGCAGCGGCGGACAACUACGACAGAUCCCUGCGCUUCCUCGGCUCUAACGAUGAGGAGAUGUCCUACGACAACAACCCCUACAUGAAGGCCUUGUCCGACACCUGCUCGUUGAGGAAAGGUCAUGGAAAAACUGUUAUCGAGAUUGACACGCCCAAAAUCGAGCAGCUUCCGAUCGCCGACGUCAUGCUGAACGACUUCGGGGAUCCCAAUCAGAAAUUCGGAUUCGAAGUCGGUCCGGCUUGCUUCCUUGGCUAAAAUCAAAACCAAGAACGACAUCACGAUGACAAAAAAAAACUUGACAGGGAAGGACUUUUGUUUUGUUUUAUCUUUUUAAAAUUGUACCGUCGAAUCACCCAGCCUCCGUUCAAGCCACAUGCAAGUUUUGAAUGAUAGUCAUUAUGUAAAGGAAAGAUUUUUUUUGCUGAAUAUAUCAUAAAUCAUGCCACCCUCUGCUCGGAGGGUGUGAAACGCAAAAAAAAAAAAACCUGUAAUGGAGGGGGGAAAAAAGGAGAAGGACACGGAGGAGUGGCCGAACGGAGAGCUGCGAGACAAACAGGGGGGGAGAACGAGGGAACGAGAGAAAGAAAGACCUCCCCAAUGGAGUCGGAUCGGUGCUGUGCAACACAAACGACAUACAGAAACGUCAACAACUAUGGUGCUUGAGUAAAAUAAUAUUAAAAAAAUAGUAAUAAUACAAUAAGAGGUGCUAAGUGAAAGAAGGUGUAUUUUGAUGAAACUGUAAUUAUUGUUUUGUACAUUACUGUUCUUUUCCAAUUCCACUUCAAAACUUGCAUGUGUAUCGGCAUCUGGCUCUCAAGUCAACAUCUAUAAAUUAAAGAGUAAAUAAAAACAAUAAAUAAUAUUUUUGUGAUAAAUACUGUGUACCUAUUAUUAAACAAAUAAAAGCGAGCAUUGAAAUGAUCCCUCAUUCCUAACGCUAACGUAUGUCCUUUGUAUAUAUUGACCACCCGAACACCUCGCCAAAGCAGAGACGCACCAGCACACGCAAACGCAACGUCCCUCGCCAGCGUUGCCUCUUGUGCUUGUUCCUCUAAGCAGUCAUGGCAUUCAUCCACCUUCUAUUUAAUUUUAUUCAUUCAUUUUUUCAAUCUGUUUUUUUCCCCAGUUUGUCCAUUCAGUCGUAUACCUCAACCAUUCUUAAUAUCCAUAGCGAAGUGAGGCCAGUGUGCCCUGUAUAUACCUUGGUUACACAUUUAAUUUUAUAUAUUUUUGGGUGGGGAAUUUUUUAUGAGGAAAAAAAAGUAAUAAAUUUGAAAAUACAAAACAUAUCUGAUAGGCUGUUCCUCUUCUGUUCCAAUUUUUUUUUUCUGUGAAUGAAAUGAGACACUCUCUUUUUUCAGUGACCCCUUUCUUUGUACCUAAAAUGAGAAAAUGUUUAAAAUGUGUUCUUUAUGGUUCGUCUGAAUAUUAAAAACUGGAUUCCAACCCAACCGUGAAA